GAUCAUUCCAGAUCAGACCAUCGAUCGACAAGAAGUGUACUACAUACAAUACCUUUUUAGUAUACCGACUGAAGAUGCUCUAGUGACUGCGUACCCUAUACUCUGAGUCUGCAUCUCCACCAUCAACAAUAACGAUGCAAACACAGAACCAAAUAUUAGGACACGAGCAAGCAAAAAAGCACGGGGACAAUCCACCUCCGUCUCCAAAAAUCGCAUUUGAUAACGCCGGUCCAUAUCACACCCCGAACAACCUUCCCAGGACAAUCUCACACCAGAAAGAACACAAAGAUACCAUGGACCUGCCCUACCGACUCAAAACCCCCAUGACGGUGACAGAGUGGGAUCCCACGCAAUUCUUUCGCGAGGGAUACCCUCCCUCGCCGUAUGCCCUGCUGAUCCUCAACCAUCCAAUCAACGAAAAGGCCUACGAUGUUCUACAGCGACAUGCAUGUAUCACCGUCUGCGCCGACGGCGGCGCCAACCGAUUUUACGAGAUGAUGAAGGCCCGCGGGAGGGAGUUUACAGAUUUCCCCAGCGCCAUAAUCGGCGACCUCGACUCCAUCCACCCGGAGAUCCGCGCGCACUACGAGACCCUGGGCGUCCCCGUCAUCCAACACAUCGACGACUAUAGCACGGACUUCCACAAGAGUUUGCAGUACAUCCAAAGGAACACGGCGACUAUUCUCGGUGCUGCGGCGGCAGCACCAACCCCAUCAUCAUCCACACCAGCAGCAAAUCCAGAACCCACCACAGAACCCACCUCCACCACUAACCCCCAAUCUCCACCCCAAACCCGAACUCAACUCGAAAUCCUCAUCCUAGGCGGCCUAGGCGGCCGCGUCGACCAGGCCUUCUCCCAAAUCCACCACCUCUUCUACAUGACGCAGGAGCUCCGAGCCACAAGCACCACCUCCUCCAGCGGCUCUAGCAUUGAUGAAUCCCACCCCAAAGGGGGGAACCUCUACCUCAUCUCCGAAGAAAGCAUAACCUUCAUCCUCCGCCCCGGCCGGAAUAUCGUGCAAACGCCGCGGGUGAAUCGCCCCGCCCUGACACCUACACCCAGCCAUGACACCGACAAUCAGGACAAGCAAGGGAUCGCCGAGGUGCAGAGCACCACCACCACCACCCCGGAAGCAACGCAUCUCCUCGAGGAAAACGUCGGGAUCAUCCCGCUCCUGGGGCCGGCGCGGAUCACCACCGCCGGGUUCCAGUGGGAUGUGCGGGACUGGAGGACGGAGAUUGGGGGCCAGCUGAGCACCAGCAACCAUAUUCGGGCGGAUGUGGUGGAGGUCGAAGCGAAGAUGCCGGUGCUGUUGACUUUGGAGCUGGCGGAGCGGUUUAAGAAGAAAUGAGUAUCCACCCAUCGCACUUAUUAUCAUAGAGCUUUGAAGGAAUAGAUGAGCAAGAUUUCUUGGUUGCAGGUAUGGCUAUUCCCUAGGUAUGUACUAACUCACGACUCGAAUCGACUGUUCAGAGCUCUUGUUUGAUUGCUACGUCACAUUUAGCAGAUAGAGAUAUAUAUCACAUCCAAAAAGAAAAGCAAAAACAGUAAUCCCCGAAAACCAAGAAGCGCCUUCUGACUAGCAGUAAAUCGCAACCCAAAGUGAGAGGGAGGUCCCCUAGACUUCAUAGAACAUACAGCAGCAACAACAACAACAACAACAACAACAACAACAACAACACCCUGCUGAGUACGCCAG